UAUUUCUUUGAGCUGUCAGAUAGAGAGUGUCUGGGGGUUGGUCGCUGAUGGAACGGCGUGUGCGUUCAUGUUGCCUCAUUUCCUGAGUCUGCCCAAAGACAGGGAGAUACGGGGGGACAGUGCGAGGGAGAGAGCGCCCUGGAGAAAGAGAGCGAAAGAGAGAGGGGGAGAGAGAGACAGACAGACACAGAGGGGGAGGCUGGUUCCUGAUACCAAAACACGGAAAAGCAGGGGAGUGAAAGAGAGAGAAAAAAGGCUGGCUGAGACAGGGAGAGAGGGGGAGAAAACAGGGGAAUAACACUUAAAGAGACACAAAAAGCGUAGGUGAUGAAAGAAGAUAAUACUAUGUUCUUCUGAGCAUUCCCCUUUCUUUAUCUCUCACGCUGUCACAUCGGAUUGGACUCCAAAGAAUCGACACCGCGUCUAUCCCAGACCCCAUGGGUUAACAGACUGUCCAGGAGAGGCUAACAGGUCAGCUAACCCAAUGAACAGCAACAGGAAAGAGGACAUGGAGAUUUCGUCCCACUACCGGCAGCUCCUGCGUGAGCUCAACGAGCAGCGGCAGCAUGGCAUCCUGUGUGAUGCCUGUGUCAUUGUGGAGGGGAAGAUCUUCAAGGCCCACAAGAACGUCCUCCUGGGCUCCUCGCGUUACUUCAAGACCCUCUACUGCCAGGUGAAGAAAGGGGCGGAGCCACAUCACCAAACAACCGUCACUCACCUGGACAUCGUCACAGCGACAGGCUUCAAAGUCAUCCUGGACUUCAUGUACUCUGCCCACUUGGCGCUGACCAGUAAAAACGUCAUUGAGGUGAUGUCAGCUGCCAGUUACCUACAGAUGACCGACAUCGUCCAGGCCUGCCACGGCUUCAUCAAGGCCGCGCUGGACAUCAGUAUCCGCUCCGAGCUGGCCGACGAACUGGCCGACUUCGAGAUGGGGGCUGUCGCGGCCGCUGGAAUAUGUGGGGGAGGUAUAGGAGGAGGUGGGGGAGGUAUAGGGGGAGGUAUAGGGGGAGAAAGAGGAGGAGGAGGGUUAGGAGGGGCGGCAUCAGAAGCCCUGGCGUCCAUCAUAUCAGGAGGAAGCUCCUCGCCAUGGCUGGAGAGGCGUACGAGUCCGGCCAACUCUUCUGGUGACUCAGCCAUCGCCAGCUGCCAUGAGGGUAGUGGCAGUACGUACGGUAAAGAGGACCAGGAGACACCCAAGAGCCAUGAGAGCCAGGAAGACGGUGGCCAUGACUCCCAGCACGCCUGGCCACAAGACUACCGCCCCGUCACUGUCAAAGAAGAACAAGCCUCACCCUCCUCCACUUCUCACCCCCGGGAGAGGCUCAGAGUGGGUGCAGGGGCACAGGGGGUGCAGGGGGGAGGAGGGUUGGGGGGAGGAGGUGACGGGGCAUGGCAGCCCUCUGGGUCGGGGAGGAGGAAGAACAGGAAGAACAAGGACACAGUCAGACAUAUUACCCAGCAGACCGAGCUGGACAGAGACAGCAGGCCGGGCUCUCCGCUGUCCCCCGUGAUGGGCGUGACUCGUUGGAGCUACAAUGGACAGGACAUCCCAGGUGCAGAUGUGACAGAGCCCAACAGCUCAGACAGUCGCGGAGAACAUCUCGACUUCUUCCUCAAACAGGAAGAAGCUCUGACAAUGGGCGAGGCCAACUUCCCGGGUGCCAGCGAAUCAGAUGGCGCAGGAGGCGGGACCGGGGGUGGGACUACACCAUCGGUAGCCAAUCUGAGGGCAGCAUUGAUGAGUAAAAACAGCCUGCUUUCGCUACGGGCUGAGAUGCUGGGGGACGAUAACCCUGUACUGUUUGAAUUCAUGCCCAAAGGAGGACACUCCCUUUCACUGAAUGACUUCACAGUGAUCCGUAAGAAGUUUAAGUGCCCCUACUGUAGUUUCUCUGCCAUGCACCAGUGUAUCCUGAAGAGGCACAUGCGUUCCCACACGGGCGAGAGGCCCUACCCCUGUGAGAUCUGUGGCAAGAAGUUCACCAGGAGAGAGCACAUGAAAAGACACACACUGGUCCACAGUAAAGAUAAGAAGUAUGUGUGUAAGGUCUGCAGUCGGGUCUUCAUGUCGGCAGCCAGUGUUGGAAUCAAACAUGGCUCCCGUCGCCAUGGUGUCUGUGUUGACUGUUCUGGACGGGGCAUGGAUCACAACCGGGAAGCAGGCGGAGGCAUGUCGCCCGAAGAUGAGCUGUAUCCCAGCGACCACCGUUUCCACAACGAUCAGGUGGAGUGCGAAGGCGACGGAGAGGGGGAGGAAGAGAUGAUGACGGAAGGGGAUGGAGAGAUGAUGGGAGAGGGGGAUGAGGAGGGAGGAAAGUGGAAGGAGGACUCAGGGAUGAUGACGGAGGGAGACGGAGCCAUGGAUAAUGAAAAGGAGGAGAGCAACUCCUCUGCACCAGAGGGGGAGCAGCACAAUGGGAGCGAGAAGGAUUUCAGCUGGAUCUCUUAGGAUAAUUUAGGAUAUAUUGUGGAUCUUAGGCAGACACAGCUCUCUUUACCCAUGUGUACAUGGGCCUUCCUCUGAGUGGGAUAUGUGGGCGUUACGCGACAAUGAUCUAAACCCUUGACAGAUGCCAUACACACGCGCACCACACAUACACACACAAGCUGAGCCCUGUGCUGAUGAUAGGACUGCCAUGGCGGAAAGAGAACGAUUGAGAGAAAAAAAUAAUGUUUUGUUUGUUUGUUUGUUUCUGAUGAGGACCAUAUCAGAGCCUGUCCAUUGGUUUAGAUGUUCACCUCCAUCACACUGGGACCAAUGAGGACUCAUUCAACAUCUUAGCUGAUUUUGAACCAUGACUGUUUAUGGUCACAGUUGCCAUGGAUACGAUGGACCGUUAACAGUUUGGGAAAACACCAAGGUGGUGUCUUGUUGCCAUGCAGUCUUAUUUGGGGACAGUCUCUACUUCUUUGGGGACAGUCACUACACCUGGGGACAGUCUCUAUAUCUGGGGACAGUCUCUACAUCUGGGGACAGUCUCUACAUCUGGGGACAGUCUCUACUCAUUAUGGGGACAGUGUCUACACCUGGGGACAGUCUCUACUCAUUAUGGGGACAGUCUAUUCAUUUUGGGGACAGUCUGUAUUUAUUUGGGGGACAGACUCUAGACAUUUUGCGGACAGUCUAUUUAGUCGGGGGACAGUCUUUAUUUAUUUGGGGGACAUUCUCUAAUCAUUUUUGGGACAGUCUCUCUUCAUUUGGGGACAGUCUUUAUUCAUUUGGGGGACAGUAUUCAUUCAUUUGGGGGACAGUCUCAAUUAAUUUGGGGGACAGUCUCUAUUCAUUUAGGGGACAGUCUCUAUUCAUUUAGGGGACAGUCUCUAUUAAUUUGGGAACAGUCUCUAUUAAUUUGAGGACAGUUUCUAUUCAUUUGAGGACAGUCUUUAUUAAUUUGGGGGACAGUAUUCAUUAUUUUGGGGGACAGUAUUCAUUUGGAGACAGUCUAUUAAUUUGUGGGAAAGUCUCUAUUUAUUUGGGGGACAGUCUCUAUUCAUUUGGGGACAGUCUCUAUUCAUUUGGGGACAGUUUAUUUUAAUUUGAGGACGGUCUCGAUUCAUGUUUGAGACAGUCUUUUAUCUAUUGUAAAGUUGCACCCGUCAGGCAGCGGUUGGCCCAUUGUCUCCUGCAGAGUGAAACUGCCACAGACUUGCACUUUAACGUCGACUAGACUCCUGUCAAUGCUCUCAACCCGUGGUUUACAUUUUCAAUCUGAUUUUACCUACACAACUCGGUGACCGCACCUACCUUUAAGGAUAUAUACUGUAUGUCCUCAUGACUGUUAUGAUAUAUAAAUAUAUGGGUAUUAUAAGACUUGUGCAAAGUUUGCUGAUUAUAAUAGCCUAUGCCCAGUGGAGGCUGGUGGGAGGAGCUAUAGGAGGACGGGCUCAUUGUAAUGGCUGGAAUGGAAUAAAUGGAAUGGAAUCAAACAUGUGGUUUUCAUGUCUGUGAUUUGUUUGAUACCGUUCCAUUUAUUCUAUUCCAGCCAUUACAAUGAGCCCCUCCUCCUAUAGCUCCUCCCACCAGCCUUCACUGCCUAUGCCUUUCAGUUGGUUCUUUCGCCACUUAAGUUUACCAUGUGUUUCUGUUGAGCUGUGAUGAGAAUUACGAAAGGUUGAGCAUAUCUACAUACAAACAAGCCACAACAAUUAGUAUAUUCAGCAAGAGAGGGAGUUGGAGAGAGAUAUAUGAGAGAGACAGAGAAGAAGAGCGUGAGAGUGAACACUAUAUAGGGACAUGUAAGAUGUAAGUGUUCUUAAUUCUCUACUUUCAGAGAGAGGACACAGAUCGACAGGUAACCUAGCAGUUAAGAGCAUUGGACAUGAAACCGAAAGGUUGCUGGUUUGAAUCCCUCCUGAGCUGACUAGGUGAAAUAUCUGUUGAUGUGCCCUUAAGCAAGGCACUUAACCCUAAUUGCUCCUGUAAGUUGCUCUGGAUAAGAGUGUCUGCAUAAUGACAUAAAUGUAAAUCUUUACUUCAGAUAUUUCCUCUCAGAAUGAGCGAGAGAGAUAUAUUACAUACACAAUGAUGAUGGGUGAAAACUCAUGCCAACACAAGCACACUAUGGACCUAUUCUACAUGGACAUUCCAUCUCUUUUUUCUUACCUUGAAUCUCAAGUUGUAUCUAUGGACAGCAGUUGUGUUUAGAAGCAGACUUUCUUCAAAACCUUUGUUGUUUUAUUAUAAGUUUUAUAUUUCACUAUAAAUACAGAAUAUGCACACUUUUACAUCUUAUAGUGAACCUUAAUGAAUGGUUCAUCUUUCUUUUUGGUGAUAAUGUUCAUUUCAGUUUGUAAAAUAAGUCAGGCUUCGGCUUAAGAUUCCACCCAGAGAGUGGCCUGUUCUGGUGAGUGCUUUAAUGACGCUUUGUUUCGUUUCAAAAAGUUAUUUAUUAACAGACAUUUGUGGAAUUAUUGUACUACUGUAUAAAGACAUUCUCUCA